UUUCAAGGAGAAUGGCUAAUUUUACCAUGAGGAAGUUUUUGUAACCUCAAACCAGGAGAUAAGGUUGUAACGAUUAUUGAUAAGUAGUCUAACAAGAAUCAGCGAGUGUAUUUAGUUAGUGACAAGCGACAAGAAUACGGAGGGAUUCUAUAUGACGGAUAAACGCUGCAUUGUAUCCUUUCGAAAAUACUAGUACGAGGAUGUUUAAUACGUUGUUGGUCCGUCGGAAGAAGAAACACGGAUUGGUGAAUAAUUACGUGAUUCUGAGUGUAUCGUAAAAUUAAUAUAUAAUAUGCUUGCGAUGGAUUCUCGACCGAGGAAAGCGAACGAGGAAAUUACGCUGCGGAGAGAGAAGUAAAGGUCUCUGUAUAUCGAAUUAUCUAUUCACAAAUCGCACUGACAAUCGACGUAUGAACAAAAUCAUAAAAAAAACUGUCGCUGCGGCGCGCGGCUGAGGAAAAGUUUUAAUCGUUACUCGCCGUCUCUCGACCACUGCCAGCGAAUGUCACAACACACGAAGAGAGAUAAGACUGCCGGAUACAAGCGACAUGUCGAUAAUCCCCAACUGACAGCAUGGCCUGGUGAGGAACUCGGCGAAACGUCAAAUCAUGUGGCGGACAAACGUUUUUUCAUCCUUGCCUGUGAAUUAACUGCCAGUUGGUCAAGACUCUGCGAGUCAGUCGAGUGUUUGGCGAUGAUAAUAUGAUAGUUGGUGUUGCGCUGAGAUAUUAAAUCUGUGAAUGUGAAACCGCGAUUGUGUUGUUAUACGGGCUUCUUUUCGCCUCUUCUAAACUAGCCUAAAACUUUUGAAAGUGACAUUCUUCUCGCUCGCACUUUUAAUUCUCUUCUCAACCCGACAAUGGAGCCUGAGAAUAUUAUGAUGCAGGGUAUCCUGCUUUUACCACCGCAAGGAAUGCUGGGACAACUCAAGAAAACGUGGCACAAAAAGUUUUGCCAACUUUGCAAACCCAGUAAAAUGGGCAUCAAACGACUCGAGAUUUUCGACAGCCAAGACGAAGCUCUUUCGCAACCCCAUUCCCCAAAAAUCAUCACCCUAGAAGCUUGCGUCAAAAUUGCACCCAGCAAUCAACCCAACGUAUUCACUGUUGUCACGAAAACUGGAAUUCAUCACUACGGUUGUUCCUCCGAGCUCGAUAUGACAAAUUGGAUGAACGCAUUUCAAAUAGUUGCAUUUACCGACAGCUUUCCUCAACAUACCAUCGAAGAAAACAAUGAUUUGUACAGCACGGCCGGAGAAGGAAUCUUUGCGGUUAAACUGGUGGAAUCUGAUGCCUCAAAAAGGUGCAAAUUAGAGGAGAAAAAUUAUACUUUGAUAUUAGCAGCUGCCGAUAUGAGACUCAUGGAUGGAAACGAGACUCUGUUUACCUGGCCGUACAGAUUCAUAAGAAGGUACGGAUAUAGAGAAGGAAAGUUUACUUUUGAAGCUGGUAGGAAGUGUAAAUCUGGUGAGGGAUUGUUCUGCCUGGAGCAUAGCAGUCAACAAGAGAUCUUCAAGUGCUUGUCUGCUAAAAUGAAAUGCAUGAAAAGAUUGCUGAGCGGGGAUAGCAGCUGCGGUAUUGAUUUUCGUAUUGAUCAAAAUCACGUUGUUGCACUGCCGAUGGAAGCUGGUUCCAGAUCCCCUCUACCACUCGCCCCUAAUUGCUAUGGAAAUUUAAUUGACCUGGAAUUUUCACCGAUAUCGCAAAACCCCCAGACAUAUUCAAACACUUCAUCGUCAUCAUCGUCAUCCAAUGAUCAGCCUGUGUCGUUUAUAAAACCACCACCGCCUAUUAUAAAACCAAGGCCAGCAAAACCACCUAGAAGGCACAUGUUUACAGGUCAUGUGGAAAAAAAAUCUCUCGAAGAAGAGUUACCUGACACGGAGAUACAUGGAAAGUAUACUAGAUUGAAUUCCAGUAGCUCUACAGAAUUGUCGUCAAUUAAUAACAACUCAAUGACUCUGGACGAUCAAAAAAAUGCCUACGAUUCGGUAGAGGUGAGAAGUGAUGCAUGGAAAACACACGGCGCUGAUAACGUUCUUCAUACGGAAAAGAUCCCGACUCCUGCAUUUGACGAAGAGGAUCCGUAUGAAGCAAUGGACACAGUGUCAUUUGCCUCGCAGAGCUCAACUAGGAGCAAAACAAGCAGCAUCGAUAUGGUUAUCACUCCUACUUGCCCAAUUAUCCACAACAAUGUUUCGCACAGAUCUGAUCCACCUAACUACGACAAACUGCAGCACUUUGGUUCUACCCAUAAACUGAACCAGAAUUCUGGCUACAGGACACCCAAUGUGCAACCUAAUUCCCAAAUCAAUGUACCCCCGUUACCUCCAGUGGUGAAUACCGAGCCUUCGUCAUCUUGGUCUGAUUACGAAUUAAUCGAUGAUAUUAGCACUGCUAGAUCUGCAAAUGACAGCAGUCACGGUUAUGGAAGGGUUAGAAAAGGAAUAACCCCGUCAAAUAACGCUGGGCCAAAUCAUACGAUAUACAACCAAACUGAAUAUGCGGUAAUUUCUAAGCCAAGAAAGGUUUGAAGAGUAUUUUUAGCAAGUUUUAGUAUGCAUAUUACUGAGACAUCUGACUGCUGAACUACUCAUAAUCAGCGGAUGGUGACACUCAAUCCUUCGAGUAUACCUUCGACUGAUCAAAACUCGGAACUAGUGCCUUAUUACUAUAAUCAUAAUAAAUAAUAAGUGAAAUAAGUGAUGACAGAAACCAAAUUACAUGAAAUGAUGAAAAUAAAUCAUAAUCUAAUAACCUCUGUGAAUUUUAGAACUAGCGUCAUGUACUUAGUUACAUUUAACGAUUGUGGAUCUUUAUUUCAGUGUCAGUAACAUGACUUGUGUCAAAAGUUGAGACAGCUUUCUGCUACCAUCGAUAAUUCAUACUCGCCGGUAUUAUGAUUUGCAGUUUUCCUCAACUAUCUAAACCCAUACUGACAUGAAAGGUUUUCAACGUUGACCAUAAAAUUGUUACGAAGAUGCCACAAUUAUUUAAUUAAUUUAUAAGAACUAUGUAGGCGUUAGAAAUAAGAAGAACA